AUGAGUGGUCAGGGGGAGAUAAUUGACAAGGUCUUGAGGGAUUUUGAAGAUUGUGGUGGGCUUGCCCCGAGUGGAAGCACCAACAUCGAAGACCUUCUUGCAGCGAGCAAGCUCUCGUUACUAGUCUCAAAUGUCGACGAAACGUCCGAUCCCCGACAGCCUACAGAGGAGCAACGCAUUGUGGGGAAGGGCCUCUUACCAGUACCUUCGAAUGUCGACCAAAGGUCACAGAAUUCCACAGAUAAGCCACGUCCGAAUGAGGAGCAAGAACGCCUACAAGCGAAGCUUUCUGACACUGAGAAUAAGCCAUGGGAAUACUAA